AUGUACGUGACUACCAUAUGCGAUGUCAUCACAGAUAUCCUCAUCAUGUCGGUGCCUGUUGCAUUUGUACUCAAAUCUUCCCUCCCUAGGUCACAAAAACUUGGCCUUGUUGGACUAUUUAUGCUUGGUCUCGCUGUUGUCGUGAUGGCGAUUCUUCGUAAUCUUGAGACUGAUGGAAAAUCUAAACACCCUCCGCCAUCUUGGCUGUUAUUCUGGAGUGCUAUGGAGGCGACUGUCGCAGUGAUGGUGUCAUGUUUUGCGUCCUACAAGUCACUCUUUGCCACCCGCUCGCGUUCUACCGCUUACCAUUGCCAAUCCGGUUAUUCUGCAUCUGUUGCUGUUUCCAGCAGGGCACCAAACAAGAAAACUUGGACGGACACUGACUCAAGAGAGGAAAUUAUCCGCCGAACAGAGUUUGAAGUCAGCUACGAAUUGGCCCCGAUCCCUGAGCACCGAGUGCAGAGCCCCGAAUGGGAAGGAAACAGAGUGAAAUGA